AUGAAUCGUGUGUAUGCCACUUUGCUGGUUGUCCUCGUAGUACUGUGCCAAGUCAUCACUGCAUACUCGGAGAAGACUCCUGUUGGAGACCUCUCAUCUGCACAGAUUGAAGAACAGAUCCAGCAAUGUCCUCUGGUCCAAUCUCUCAAUGCCCACAAGGCUUCAACAGCACAUGAGGCCGCUACAGGCUUCACAGCUAGAGCAUUUGCCGUCUUGUUCCCAGGAUCGCCUGCUGUAAACACUCUCUUGAGCGUUCUCUACAUUUCUGGCCCACCCAACUUCUUGCUGGCCCUAUGCCCCUCUGACAUUGACCCGGCCUCCCUGAACACCAUGGUUGCAUUCGCCUUUGGUGGCCUCAUGGGCGAUACACUCUUCCAUCUUCUGCCCGAGAUCUUCGUUGGCGAAGACAGCCCAGAGCAUGUGACCUUGGUGGUUGCUGAUGGCAACAAGAACAUUCUGCUCGGAAUUGCCAUUAUGGUAGGCUUUGUCAGUUUCGUCAUCCUCGACAAGGCUAUCCGUAUUGCCUCUGGAGGCGACGAGGGUGGUCACUCUCACGGCCAUGCCCAUGGUAAGAUUGAAGGUGGCGACAAGGCAGCCGCCUCUGCCAAAGCAUCUGGCUCUGACAAGGGCGCUCAAACCGAUGGUCUGCGCCAGCGUGGCGGUGAGAAGGCGAGCACGCAGAGCGUUGUGCCUGUAGAGCAGGAAAGCGGUCCCAGCUCCAACAGAGGCUACUUGAACAUCAUCGCCGACUUUACCCACAACAUCACCGAUGGUCUUGCAAUGGCAUCUUCAUUCUAUGCUUCUCCCACCGUUGGAGCACUGACGACUACUGCCGUCUUUUUCCACGAGGUCCCCCAUGAGGUCGGAGACUUUGCUCUCCUCAUCCAAUCCGGCUUCUCCAAGCGUGCAGCCAUCGGCGCACAGUUCUUGACAGCAGCAGGAGCCCUCACAGGCGCACUCAUGGGAAUCGCAGUUCAGGAAUACGGCGGCAACAGUGCUGAUGCCCUUCCCACUCCCGGACUUUUUGGCACUAGCCUUCACUGGGGUGAUCUCUUGUUACCCUGGACUGCAGGGACCUUCAUGUUUGUAGGCAUGAGCGUUGUGCCUGAGCUCAUGGAGACUGGUCCCAACAAGGUCGCUGAGAUCAAGAAGAUUGUUACUCAGCUGGUGGCCAUUGCUGCUGGAGCUGGUAUCAUGAUUGCUAUCUCGUGGUCUUGA